AUGUCCACACUGGUUGGAGUUUCAUCAGCUCUUGGAGCUGUUGCUGUUCUCUUCUCUCUUUACUCUAUCAGUUCUAUCGUUGGCGAUAUCAAUGGAUUAGAAACUGAGAUUUCAGUCGGAAUGGAUGAUUUCAAAACCAUGACUGAAGCUUCCUGGGCUUAUAUUCUCGAUAUUCGUUCUGAUCCUCUGGGAAGUGGAACAUCUAAGUCUUUCAGAUCGUUCAUUGGAAGAAAUAAGAGAAAUGCUGAUGAUGAAUGUAAAUGUGCUCCACAGUCUGAGGGAUGCCCAGCUGGACCACCAGGAGAUCGUGGAGAGCCUGGAAAACCAGGACCAGACGGACCAGAUGGCUCUGAUGGAAGCAAUGGACUUCCAGGAGUUGCCUUCCCACCUGAGAAUGUUAUUCACACUGAGUGCAUUAAAUGUCCACGUGGACCUCCAGGAGAGAGAGGAUCUCCAGGAGAGCCAGGACCAGACGGAGGUGUUGGAAGACCAGGAAGAAAGGGACCCCCAGGAGAUGCUGGACCACGUGGAGAAGCCGGAGAAACUGGAGAUGAAGGCCCAGCUGGAACUGUGGGACACGAAGGACCAAAGGGAGAAGCUGGUGCAGCUGGAGUUGUAUACAGAGAUGGAGAGCCAGGACGUCAAGGAGCUAUCGGAGAAAAGGGAGCAGUUGGAGAACCAGGAAAAGAUGGAGAACCAGGAAAAGAUGGUGAAGCUGGAGCAACUGGACAUCCAGGACGACCAGGAAAGGGAGGACACCGUGGAAAGAACGGAGAAAAUGGAAUCCCAGGAGGAAAUGGAAAGCCAGGAGAUGAUGCUGGAUACUGUCCAUGCCCAGACAGAGAAUAA